AUGCGGCCCUCCCAGCUCCAAACUCUGCUCGCAGCAGCAGUUAGAUGGGCCCACGGCGCCUUAGCAGCGUGCGCAGCCGACAACUGCUACAACCAGCUGGCGCGGCGCACGGCGGACGCGUCGGGGUUCUGCGCGACCUUCACGACGGCUUGCGUGGCGGGAGUCAGCCAGCUGCCGACGUACGUGUCGACGUCGUGCGGCGUGGCGCGCGUGUCGAGCGCGUGCUCGUGUCUGUGGCCUGCCGCCACCACGGCACCGGCGACCGUGACAGUCACGACGACCAGCACAGUGACGGCAUCGGUGUGCCCGGCACCGACCAACCUCGUCGCCAACCCGUCCGUCGCCGGCCUCAGCCCGUGGUUCAACGGCGAUAUCAUCACGUCGACCAGCUACGGCUACGACAACCCCGGCAUCACGCUCGCGCCGGGGUCGCCGACGGGCGGCGCGUUCCGCACCUCGUUCGCCGCCGACGGGCUGUACGAGUGGGACCAGCGCGUCACCCUCCCGAGCCGGCGCGCGGCGUACACGCUGUCGUUCGCAGCCCAGCAGCCCGCCGGCACCGGCGGCUGCUACGUCAACCCGUCGUUCGGCGUGCAGGGCAACGGCGACUUCUACGAGGGCCUGCUGCAGCACGUGACGCCGGCGUGGAAGACGUUUUCCAUCACGUACACGACCAACGGCGGCCCCGGCGGCUUCGUGGCGAUUCAGAUCCAGUGCACGGGCGGCGAGGCGAAUGUCGUCUUGCUUGACCAGGUGUCGCUUGUUGCUCUGUGA